AUGACAAAGGAGUUUGAGAUGACGGAUAUUGGCAUAAUGUCCUACUAUUUUAGGAUUGAAGUGAAGCAACGAAAUGAUGACAUAUUUAUUUCUCAAGAAGGAUAUGCUAAAGAAAUUCUCAAGAAGUUUGAUAUGAAAAAUUGCAAGCCGGUCGGGACACCUGUGGAGUGCAAAAUCAAGCCACACAUGAAUCAAGAUGGUGAAAAAGUUGAUCCAACUUUAUUCAAGAGUCUUGUUGGAAGCUUGAGGUAUCUAACCUGUACUAGACCGGAUAUUCUUUUUGGCGUUGGACUUGUGAGUCGUUACAUGGAAGCUCCUACUACUUCACAUUUGAAAAUUGCCAAAAGAAUUCUUCGCUACAUCAAAGGUACAAUUAAUUAUGACAUCUUGUAUGUUUUCUCGGACGACUUUAUGCUUGUUGGCUAUUGUGAUAGUGAUUGGGCCGGUGAUAUUGAUGGUCGAAAAAGUACUACUGGGUUUCUUUUCUUUAUGGGAAAUUCAACUUUUACUUGGAAUUCUAAGAAGCAACCUAUUGUGAUUCUUUCUAUUUGUGAGGCGGAGUAUAUAGCUGCUACUUCUUGUGUUUGCCAUGAAGAUCCGACGAAGAUUUAUGUUGAUAAUAAAUUUGCAAUUGCAUUGGCCAAUAAUCCAAUGUUUCAUGAAAAAAGCAAGCAUAUUAAUACAAGAUAUCAUUUUAUUUGA